AUGGGGGACAUCUACACCAGGCCAUUCUCCAAGAACUACAGUGGGCUCAUUAAUCAGUCUGUUAUUGCACUCGGAAUUACCGUGCUAUGUGUCACUAGCCAAGAGCUGAUGAAACGGAAGAGGCGGGGCGACAAACAAGCACCAGAAGGCCUCGGGAGUCGCGAAUCUUGGGAAUUUGGAUACAUAUUCCAGGGUCGGUGCUGGGCCAAGGACCCUUCACCACCGUCUCCCCAAGGCUGGCCUCUGUCGUGGGUGAAGCAAAUAGUAUGGUUUCCUGAAGAGAAGAUGAACAAGCUACGAGGAGUCGACGCUACAUUGUAUGUACGAUUUCUGCGAGGAUGUUUCUGGUUCUCGUUGCUGCACACGUUCACCACCUUUCCCAUUCUCUUCCCCAUUCAUGUCGAAUUCUCCGACAACUCCGUCUCCCCGAAAUCAAUGACCCGGGCAUCUAUCUCAUCACUCGUCCUCACCUCGCACGGCUUGUCAUUAUUGUGGAUCCACAUAUGCUUACUGUUCUGGGUUACUCUUUCCUGGAUGGCCACCCUGCUGUGGAUAUCCGUAGGUGCCUUUCGGUUACGGGCUCAGAAGAUCGAAGCCGCCAGGCAGCGAAUCGCAUCAGGAGAGCCCCCUUCGAUCAGUUAUCCCCAUCCGCACCCUCAGUAUGGCUUUCUUGAAGUCCCCCCGCUUCAAGGCGAUCCGGCGAAUGAGGGACUGCGCUUACGAACGGUCAUGGUCACCAAUGUUCCUCCUCCACUUAGGAACGAGAAGGAACUCAAAGAAUAUUUCGAGUACUAUAUGUCACGGAAGAUUGACAAGCCAUCAGUUGGCUUAAACUCUUCCACUCAGCCCGGAUUUCUGAACAAGAUCGUGUCAUUCCUUUUCAAUCGUGUCAAACGCCUUCCUGCGCACUUGCCCCACAACCCCCUCUCACCUUCCUCUAGCACUGGAAGUGCCACCGAAGGGGACACGGAAGAGGGCCCGAAUAUCGAGGAAAUUCCCGAAAUCGAACGCGUCGUCAUCGUUCGUAAGAUGACCGAGCUCGCCUCCCUUCUGGAGCGCCGCGAAGAGUAUCUUCGCUUGCUGGAAACUGCCCAUAUCAAGCUGGCUCGCAAGGUCCUCCUCGCUGUAGGUGACGCAAUGGACCGUAAGGCUGCCAACAAGCCGUUCGCUAGAACCCCUUCUCGUGCAAUCACCGUGGCACAGCAACGGAAGUCGAUCGUAGGAGACGUGGAAAUAGGUGAUCUAAAUAAAGAACUCAACAUGGAUGGCGACCAGAAUAUGGAUCAUCUAAUCUCCGUCCUGGGUCCCUUCGUAGAAGAGUUUGGUCUGCGGGGUGACAAGGGCAGCAUGCGCUUUCGUAGAGCCAUCUCGGCGACGUCGAAGAAAACGUUCAUGAAGCUGAUCCCGCACGGCUCCGACGACUCGGGCGACGAAGUCCCUAGCCUCACACCAUCGUCAGGAUACCCACCCCCUUCAUCUGCCGAAACCAGAGUCGAACCGCCGUUGGGCAAGACUGUUUGGGACGUACUACUGAGUCUUCCACGGGUGUAUCUCGAUCCAUACCAACCUUUGGUGAACCUUUCGCACUUGUUUCGCGGAAAGACUGUGCCGUCUAUCGACUACUAUACCACGAAAGUCAAUUACCUGACGGCUCUCAUCACAGAGAGUCGUGCUAAGGCUACGAGCGAUUACGACGCCGUUUCUACCGCAUUCGUAACCUUUGCAGGACCGGCCGACGCUCGGAAGGCUUGCAAAUACCUGGCAGUGCAUCCAAAUAAUCCAUUGGCCUGCUGGGUGACUAUGGCCCCGCAAUAUCAAGAUUUGGACUGGAUACGUGUAAUGAAAUCAUCCUUCAAUGCCGAGUUUGUGAAGGACUGGGUCGUCAGCCUUGGAGUUUGGGGUUUCACUAUCUUCUGGAUUUUCCCAGUGUCCCUCCUGGUCGGUUUGGUUUCGAUUCAGAACAUCAGUAUCUUUUGGCCUGGUCUCAAAUCAUACCUCGAUAAGCAUCCUUGGGAAGAAGAGAUUAUACAAUCCUUCUUGCCCACUCUUCUAGUUGCUUUGCUCGCUCUGCUUAUCCCCCUCAUCCUUCUAUUCAUCGCCAAGAAAGCACACACUAUGACAACGCUUUCCGCCCUGCACGACCGAAUCAUGACACGAUAUUACAAGUUUCUGAUUGUUAACGUCCUUGUCUUCUUCUGCGUUGGAACCGCGGCUCUUCAGUCGUUCCUGCUGUCAUUUAGAGCAACUACUCGCCCGGACGUUCUUAAGAUUGUGGCGGAUAGUUUCCCCACAGCUGGCCCCUUCUAUGUCGGCUGGCUCAUCUUCACCUCCGCAAUGCACGCCGGCUUUGAACUUGCUAUGUUUGGGCUUGCCUUAAUCGUGUACCCGAGCACCAAGAACCAAGUGACACCGCGCAAGCGUACUGUCGGUUUGCGACCCCGUACACUCAACUUUUACUACUGGUUGCCGAAUCAUCUCCUCGUGAUACAUGUUCUGCUGCUUUUCACUGUUCUCAACCCUGUCGUGAUACCAUUUGCAACUGUCUACUUUUUCUUUGAAACCGGUGUAAUAAAAAACCAAUUAAUCCACGUUUAUGCGAAACACUAUGAAUUCAAUGGGCAAGUGCUGCUCAUACGUAUCGUACGGUAUUCUUUAGACGGCUUGAUGCUCUGCCAGGCGGUCUUCCUCGCCUACAUGGUCGUCCUCAAGAAAACAGUCAAUGUUGGUUUGGCUGCGUGUUUGAUAAUCAUCACCGCUUUCGUGAAAUUACUCAUGACUCGCAUAUGCCGUGCGCAAUUCGAGCAUGAUGAUAUAGCUGAAGCAGAGGUUCUUUGCAAGGUAGAAGGCGUGGACUCUGCGCAAGAUAACGCCGAAACGACGACAACUUCAGAUAACGGAAGCCAGGACGCCACAGCGUUAAUUCAAGAAAAUAGACCUUCGUUCUUCUCACUGAAGUUCCCAAAGUGGGCCAAUGCAGCAUAUAAUACGGUUAGGCAGCGUCCCCCACGCCCACUUCGUCGCAAGCCUAUACCCUUUCAAUCUCAAUCGUCGGAUCAGCCAUUCAAGCGCCUUAAGUCUGUGUCGCAUGGUCAUGGAGAUAGAGGACGGAGAUCGACCAAUUCGCGGACGAGGGCAUUCGUGAAUGGAACCACCGCUCCAGACACUGCCUCUAUCGUCCACCACGAGACUUUACCUCGAAAGGCGAGCACAGACCCAAGCGUGGCUGUCAAGCCGCACCCCCCGCCUGAUCCAUGGGACGACGAAACGACCUGUGACCUGCCUUACGACAAUCCGUUUUACUCUAGAUCUAUAAGCAACGAGUUAUGGCUACCUCGAAAUCCUGUGGGAAUCCUAGACUUGGAUGACACUGUCGAUUUCAGGACUUCCCUUACGGUAGUGCCCACGCCCCACCAAUUGGGCAUGUGGUUCGGGAUACCAGAAACUGCUUCACCCAGACCGAUGUCCAUCGAUCUGGCACCGGACGUCCACGAACCUUCAACCGAGGAUCAGUCACCCUCUACCCCCGCAACCUCCUGUGUGCUGACAGGAUCAGAGGAUAUAGAUCUGCCAGCGAUUAUCGCUCAGCGAGUUCAGGCCGGAGAAGGGGACAUUGAUCGAGCACCGCCCUCUCGUCGGCCUACCAGCCCUCGACGAAAAGUUAGCGGCGAAGGAGCAGCAAGCAGCAUGCGACGCCCAAGUAUAUUGAGCAUUCAGCCCCAAUCCGGUUAUCGGUCCUUCUCAGCAGGUAGCACUACCCAACAACGUCCCCGCUCGAACUCCAUAUUAUCGGGCUUCGGAUCCACACUUCCUCUGGAUCGUUCUCGUUCAGCCGAAGAAACUGGCUUAAGGCCGGGUAUCCAUGCUCAGGUUGAUUUCGUCGCGGAUGUCUCGGGAUCACACCUAUCAUUAGCUCCACCACAGCUCACACGCGCUCGGAAUAUCUCUACGCACGAAGCUGUUGUGUAUGAAGUGAUAGCGGAAGAAGAACAAGCUAUGGCUAGCAGGUUGGAAGAAGAGCAAGCUGAAGCUGAGAAAGCAACCACGAAAUCUUGGUUAACGUCAUGGAUGUUCAAGAAGAUAACCUAA